CAGGAAUAUCAAAAACAUCAUAAGGAUUUAUAACAGGAGGCGUGAAGACCGAGAGAGGGGUGUGGGCUAUGCGUGGGUAAAGCCUGCCUCUCCAAUAAGUUUCAAGCGGAGAACAUUGAAAGCCAGAGGAAGGGAACAACAUCUCAGUAACCGUGAGGAUUUACAGGCCACUGUGCAGACAUCAGGAGGCUGCCCUCUAUUGGCUCCGUGAAAACAUCCAGUCAGGAUGAAGCUGGCGAUUCUGUGCUUGUGUGUCCUCUGUGUGGCUUUGGCAGAUGGCCGAAUUUUCACCCGCAAUGAUCUGCAAAUUGCGCACAAAAAUAUGGCUGGCAACAGGGCGCAGAUCCCUCAUAGCUCAGCAAAGUCUUCCAACCAAAGCAAGCAGAGAACGCUGUUCGCACGGAGAGGGCAGUAUGAGCGCCAGAGGAUUCAUGUACCGAAGCCCAAAGUAGUUCCCAGCUCCCCCAGCGCCCCUUCCCCUAAGAGGCGUCCGAAGCCGGUGAAGCCCCGGUGUUCUCAGCUGACCCAGAGCUGUGUGCCUCAGGACGGAUGCUGUGACCGGUGGGCUGCGUGCCACUGUCAUUUUUUCAACGCCAUCUGCCACUGUCGGAGAACAAACCCAAAUCACACACAGAAAACCUAAACACCAGCCGGUCGGACAUAAGAGACAUUACACACACCAGACAUCUUCGCCCAUAGGGGUCAUUUUAUAAUCGCUUCAACACACAGUUUGUUGUAUUAUGAAGAUCGGACACUUCUUAAGAAAUGGAAAAACUUUUGUAUUACCUCUUUUAAAAGGCAGCUGCUUAAACAAACUAUCAACCUGUUCUCCAAGCCUACUUUCACAACGCACAAUCAGUAUUACUGCAUGUAAAACUUCCACUAGUUUUCUGCUUUGUCUGUUGGUUUGUUCUCUCCAUUAUUGUGCAACAGAAGGGAGUCUAAUCUAAUGAAAGAACAGUGUGUACAUUCCAGAAUCUGCAGAAUUUUAAUGGUAACUCAUAACAAUAUUGAUUGAGUUAACUCGUUCAUUUGUCAUUCUCAUGUUGUUCUCUUGCAGGUGAUUUGAUAUAAGAUUAAUGUCUGUGACCUUUUUUUUAUUGUAGUAGUAGAUUUUGCCACAUGAUUAUUGCAGUUUGAGAACAGAGAAAGACUGCAGAAUAAGAUCGAAACUUAAGGUCAGAUGUUACACGGAAGCGUUUUUGUGAAUACACUUAUAGUGAAAGAUAAAAUCACUCAUGUAUGUACUGUAUCUACCAUGUAUAUUUGUGUCCAUUUACUUGUCAUGCAGUAUAUAGAAAAAUAAACACAUUUCAC